ACAUAUCUCUCUAGCUCUUCCCUGCAGUUACCUGAAGGCAUAUUUUCCUGUGAUGGACCCUCGGAAUACUGCUAUGUUAGGCUUGGGUUCUGAUUCUGAAGGGUUUUCUGGGAAAAGCCCCUCUGUGGUAAACCUUGGCACGUUGGUGGGAAAAGGAGAAGUAGAGCUGGAAAGUUGUACCAAGGAGGAAGACGACAGUAAGAAGAAGAACCGGGAGGGGAACAGUGCUGAGGAUGGGAAGAACGAGGCUCUCACUGAGGCCCAGCAACAGUUUUCAGUGAAGGAAACAAACUUUUCUGAGGGGAACCUGAAGCUGAAGAUUGGGCUCCAGGCAAAGCGGACAAAAAAGCCUCCCAAGAACCUGGAGAACUAUGUGUGCCGGCCUGCUAUAAAAACCAGCAUCAAGCAACCAAGAAGGGCCCCCAAGAGUGGGAAGAUGACAGAUGAGAAGAAUGAGCACUGUCCUUCAAAACAAGAUGCUUCAAAGUCCUACAAGAAAGCUGGAGAAGUUGCAACAGUUGAAUUACAUGUGGAAGAAGGUAUACAAGUAGAAACAAAUCCUUUACCUAAGAAAGUUUCCCCAUUGCACUCUGAAAUGACAGAUUAUAUAAAGUCAUCUCCUCCGACUCUUAUCAGUAGCCAUAAUUCUGACUUAAAGGAUAGAACACAGAUUAACGGAGCAACAACUGUAACAGAGAAAUUGGCUCAACUUAUUGCAACUUGUCCUCCCUCAAAGUCUUCCAAAACAAAGCAGAAGAAGCCCGGAAGUGGAACUGCAUCUGGUUUGGUUAAAGACUCUGGGAAGAAGCUACCAGGAACUCUAACUGCAAGUGGGUUAGUUAGUAAAGAUUUGGUAAAGAAAUUGCCAGGAUCUGGGAUUGCUGUUGGGUUGGUUAACAAGGACUCAGGGAAGAAGCCAUUAGGGAUUGGGAGUGCAGCCAUAUUGGUUAACAAAGACUCUGGGAAGAAGUCACAGGGGCUUGGCCCACUGGUUGGAUUGGUUAACAAGGACUCUGGGAAGAGGCCACCAGGGAUCAGCACUCCGGCUGGGGUAGGGAGCAAGGACUCUGGAAAGAAGCAGCCAGUGACCAGCUCUGCAGUUGGAUUAAUCAGCAAAGAUGUUGGGAGGAAACUUCAGGGUAUUGGCACUCCAACUGCAUUGACUAAUAAGGAGUCUGUCAAGAAGCCAUUAGGGAUUGGCACUCCAGCAGGAUUGAUUAACAAGGAUGCUGGGAAGAAGUUGCUGGGAAUAACUAGUCCUACAGGAUUGGUUAACAAGGAUUCUGGGAGAAAGAUGCCAGGGACUGGCAUGGGACCAGUUAACAAGGAUUCUGGGAGGAAGAUGCCAGGAAUUAGCAGUCCAGUGGGAUUGGUUAGCAAGGACUCUGGAAAGAAUCUGAAAGCAGACUCUCUCCUGCCUGCCUCGGAGCCCUUUAAACUUCCUUGCAAUUCAAACCUCAGUAGCCUUGAAAGCCAUGAGACUACAGAUGUAGUGAGGGAAAAUACUACUAGCAAAACAUUUGAGAAGCAUGUUAUAAGACAGAAUAAAGAAAGCAUCUUGGAAAAAUUCUCAAUCCGGAAGGAAAUUGCAGAUGUAGGCAAAGAGAUGUUUAGUGAAGGAGUCUGCAUGCCGCAGGAUGCUUACUCAACCAGUGAGAAAGGGAUUUAUGAAACUUCUAAGCAUGAAAAACAGCCUCCUGUAUAUUGCACUUCACCAGACUUCAGAACAGGAGGUGCUUCAGAUGUAUCGACAGCAAAGUCCCCCUUUAGUGCAGUAGGAGAGGGCAAUCUCCCAUCGCCUUCACCCACAGUGUCUGUUACCACCUUAAACAGGAGCCUCUCAACAACAUCUUCCCAGUUAGCAUCGAGCUCAUUGCAUUUAAGUUCCACAGCAGAUCUCUUAGAAGGGAUUUCAGAUCAGAUUGGCAAAACUCAGUUUUCCUCUGACAGUGCACUUCUGAAUAUAAACAGAACAUUGAGCCACACUCUGAGCACCGAUUUUAAAGGUGCUGAGAAAGACUUAAACGAUUCAAAAGCUACUUACAUAGAAACUUCAAGAACUAGUCCUUCUACAGGGAAAAAGCCCAUUUUGGCAGCUGAAACGAGCAUUCAUGCUACUGUCACCCCUUCAGUAGUUAGUUUCACAAGCUUGUUUAGUAGCAAGCAGUUCCUAAAGAUCGGUGCGAUAGCUGCAUCGGAGAAAUCCUGCCAAGGAGCCAAGACUCUGAGCACUACUCAGCAAUCAAAACCUUUAAAGAAAAGAAAAGGAAGGAAACCACGGUGGACUAAAGUGGUGUCAAGAAACACGUGUCGGCCUCCAAAGGGUCUAGAUCUAGAAAGGUCAGAGCUUUUUAAGAACAUUUCCUACAGUGCACUGUCAGGCAGUAAUUUGGAGCAGGCCAAAUUCUUGAAGAACAUAGGAACAUCUUCGUUUGUGGAGCACGACUUUGUCAAACAUCAGCUGCCAAAACUGAAUGAAGCUAAUGGACAGUCUCUUGCACUCUUAGCUGAGACUGACAAGCAAACUCCGAAGUUCUACAGCACUCACAAACCCUCUAGUUUGUGUAUGUCAGAUGAUUUCUUACCUGACAUGUAUAAACCCAAAAGAGGAAGACCUAAAUCCAAGGAGAUGCCAGAGCUCGAAGGUCCCCCCAAAAGAACUCUAAAGAUCCCAGCAUCAAAAGUCUUCUCAGUGCAGUCGAAAGAGGAGCAAGAACCGCCAAUCUUGCAACCUGAAGUAGAAAUUCCCUCCUUAAAACAGAGCUUACCAGGACAACCUUUUCCUAAAAAGAGAGGGAGGCCUAAAAGACAGAUCAGGUCCUCGAUUAAAAUGAAGCCACCGAUUCUUUCUGUGGCUCCUUUUGUUGGCACAGAGAACUCGAGCAAGAUGGGUUCCGAAGGCGACCAGCAUCGAGCUGGGGACUUCUUUGAGAGAAAGGACCAGCUCCGAGGGCCAGAGGAAGUCCAAAAGCCUGCUCUUUGUAGCAUGAGUGAUUUGGAAGCGGACUCAGACCGAAAAGUUGCCAAGAGAAAUAAUGGGCAGUUGAUGAAAACCAUCAUUCGGAAAAUAAAUAAGAUGAAAACUCUGAAGCGAAAGAAGCUCCUGAAUCAGAUUCUGUCGAGUACAGUGGAACCAAAUAACAAAGGGAAAGUGCAAUCUAAACUCCACAACACCGUGUCCACUCUUGCUGCCACGUUCGGCUCCAAAUUAGGCCAGCAAAUAAAUGUCAGCAAGAAAGGAACGAUUUAUAUAGGAAAAAGGAGAGGAAGGAAACCUAAAGCUGUCCUCAAUGGUAUUUUAACCAGCAGCUCGGCCAGUUUGACAGUUCUGGAGAAGUCUGCUCAACAAGCUCCCGGUACCUCACUGGGACAAGUUCUUCCCCACUUGCUGCCUUCAGCAGGUAACAGUUCUGAGAUCCUUCCGUCUCCAGUUUGCUCCCAGUCUUCCGCAGUGAGCGGGGGACAGAGCCCCGUGAGCAGCGACGCCGGGUUUAUCGAGCCCAGCUCGGUGCCGUACUUACACAUCCACUCCAGGCAGGGCGGUGUCGUUCAGACCCUCGCCAUGAAAAAGGCUGCUAAGGGCAGGAGGAGGUUGUCUCCACCUACGCUGCUGCCAAACUCUCCUUCUCACCUGAGUGAGCUGACCUCGCUGAAGGAAGCCACCCCUUCCCCUGUGAGCGAGUCCCACAGCGACGAGACGAUCCCCAGCGACAGCGGGAUAGGGACAGACAACAACAGCACCUCGGACCGAGCGGAGAAGUUCUGCGGCCAGAAGAAGAAGAGGCAUUCGUUCGACCACGUUUCCCUCAUCCCACCCGAAACUUCCACUGUUCUAAGUAACCUGAAAGAGAAGCACAAGCACAAGUGCAAGCGCCGCAGCCACGACUACCUUAGUUAUGACAAAAUGAAGAGGCAGAAGCGAAAAAGGAAAAAGAAGUACCCUCAGCUUCGGGGGAGGCAGGACCCAGAUUUCCUCGCCGAGUUAGAGGAGCUGAUAAGCCGGCUGAGUGAAAUCAGAAUAACCCACCGAAGUCACCAUUUUAUACCCCGAGAUUUGCUGCCUACCAUUUUUAGGAUAAACUUCAAUAGUUUCUAUACCCAUCCUACUUUUCCUUUAGAUCCUUUGCACUACAUUAGAAAACCUGAUUUAAAGAAGAAGAGAGGCAGGCCUCCCAAAAUGCGGGAGGCGAUGGCAGAAAUGCCCUUUAUGCAUAGCCUGAGCUUUCCUCUCUCCAGUACCGGGUUCUACCCCUCUUACGGCAUGCCUUACUCUCCCUCUCCCCUUGCAGCUGCCCCCAUCGGCUUAGGUUAUUAUGGAAGGUACCCUCCAACUCUUUAUCCUCCUCCGCCUUCUCCUUCUUUUACUACCCCCUUGCCACCACCUUCGUACAUGCAUACAGGCCAUCUGCUUCUCAAUCCCACCAAAUACCACAAGAAGAAGCAUAAACUUCUACGCCAGGAGGCUUUCCUCACCACGAGCAGGACUCCGCUCUUGUCAAUGAGUACGUACCCCAGCGUUCCACCCGAGAUGGCUUAUGGCUGGAUGCUGGAGCAUAAGCACAGGCAUCGCCAUAAACACAGAGAGCAUCGUUCUUCCGAGCAGCCCCAGGUUUCCAUGGACACUAUAACUGCCAAUAGCUCUUCUCGAACAGUUCUGGAGUCCCUGAAGCGCUACAGGUUUGGGAAGGAGGCUGUUGGGGAGAGGUACAAACACAAAGAGAAACACAGAUGUCACAUGUCUUGUCCACACCUUUCACCUUCCAAGGGUUUGCUAAGCAGAGACGAGCAGUGGGUCAGGAGAGAGCCUUCGGAGCCCAAUUCCUUAGCGCUGGGCCUGCAGACCCCGCUGCAGAUAGACUGUGCAGAAACCCCCCCGGGGCUGUCCCUGGGGGGGUUCACCCCCAGCUCGGAGCCAGGCAGCAGCGACGAGCACACGAACCUUUUCACAAGUGCAAUAGGCAGCUGCAGGGGCCCCGGCUCCGCCGGCGCCAAUGGACGUAAAAAGCUGCCCGAGAGCCCCGGCCUGUUCGGCGCGCAGGAGCCCCCCCUCUCCCGGCCCCUCCGGAAGGAGCCGCUGCCUUCCCUGGAGAAGGCCCUCCAGCCGCUCACAGGCACUUUGCCAACACAGGACAAACCUUCCCACAGGCAAUCAGAGAGCACAAACUGCAGCCCUUCCAGAAAGAGAUCCACAUCUGAGAGCACAUCUUCUACAGUGAUACCUGCACGGGGAGGAAGGCUGGCAAGUGCUGAUGAUCCAGUGGAUACCCUGCUGCAGCGCAUGGCACAGCACGAAGGCCAGGCUACUUUGGACAAAACCUUAGAAGCAGUCAUGGCAAAUGUGUCUGUUCCACCGUCAGCUAGUCCUGCUCGAAACCACAACCGGGAGAGAGGGCUGGGGAAACAGGACAGCCUUGUAGCUCCAGCAAUUCCCAGCAGCUCCUGCAGCGAUAGCAUCUCGCUUCUGUCGGACAGGCUACCAAACAGCUACUCCCCGCGGCACCUCAAGAGGAGCGUGGUUGAAGCCAUGCAGCGACAAGCGAGGAAAAUGUGCAAUUAUAACAAGAUCUUGGCAACAAAAAAAAAUCUGGACCACGUCAAUAAGAUCCUGAAAGCCAAAAAGCUGCAGAGGCAGGCACGGACAGGGAAUAACUUUGUGAAGCGCAGGCCUGGGAGGCCUCGGAAGUACCCGCUCCAGGCUGUCGUCUCAAUGCAGGCUUUCCAGGCAGCUCGACUGGUCAGCCAGGAGCUAGAGAAGAGAGAAGAAAGCAGCAGCCCCUUACACCUGGGACCUGACACCAUCACAGAUGUGAUUGAAGCUGUGGUGCAGAGCGUGAACUUGAAUACAGAUCACCGGAAAGGCUGGAAGAGGAAGAGGUGGCUUGCAGAGGAGCAGGCCAGGAAACGCCAAAAGCCUUUGCCAGAAGAUGAACAGGAGAGCAAUAAGAGUUUCUCUGAGCCAGCAGCUGAACCUCCCAGUCCACAGGAUGCCCUUGGGAAACCACCUGCAUCUGAAAACACUGAACAGCCUUUGCCAGCUCUAGCCCAGCGUGAGAAAAAAGCCCCUCGACCCCCAAAGAAGAAGUACCAGAAGGCAGGGCUCUACUCUGAUGUGUACAAAACCACAGAUCCCAAGAGCCGCCUCAUCCAACUGAAGAAAGAAAAGCUGGAGUAUACUCCUGGAGAGCAUGAGCAUGGAUUGUUUCCAGCCCCUAUUCACGUUGGAAAGUAUCUCAGACAGAAGAGGAUCGACUUCCAGCUGCCUUACGACAUCCUCUGGCAGUGGAAACACAAUCAGUUGUAUAAAAAGCCAGAUGUCCCACUUUAUAAAAAAAUCCGUUCUAAUGUCUAUGUGGAUGUCAAGCCUCUCUCUGGCUAUGAGGCCACCACCUGCAACUGUAAGAAACCAGAUGAUGACAAUGGGAAGGGCUGUGUGGAGGACUGUCUCAACAGGAUGAUCUUUGCGGAGUGUUCACCAAACACGUGCCCUUGUGGUGACCAGUGCUGCAAUCAGCGGAUACAGAGGCAUGAAUGGGUGCAGUGCCUGGAGAGGUUCCGGGCUGAGGAGAAAGGAUGGGGUAUUCGUACCAAAGAACCCCUGAAAGCAGGACAGUUUAUCAUUGAAUAUCUGGGCGAAGUUGUUAGUGAGCAAGAAUUCAGGAACCGGAUGAUUGAACAGUACCAUAAUCACAGUGAUCAUUACUGCCUGAAUUUAGACAGUGGAAUGGUGAUAGAUAGUUAUCGUAUGGGCAAUGAGGCUCGUUUUAUCAACCACAGCUGUAAUCCUAACUGUGAGAUGCAGAAAUGGUCUGUGAAUGGUGUUUACAGGAUUGGAUUGUACGCGCUUAAAGACAUGCCUGCUGGUACUGAACUGACUUAUGACUACAAUUUUCAUUCCUUUAAUGUUGAGAAACAGCAACUCUGCAAAUGUGGUUUUGACAAAUGCAGAGGAAUAAUCGGGGGUAAAAGUCAGCGGAUGAAUGGACUUUCAAGCAAAAGCAAUCAGCCUGUGAGCACCCACAGAAGGCCUGGACGGUCAAAAGAGAAAAGGAAGUCAAAGCACAAACUAAAGAAGAGAAGGGGUCACAUCCCAGAGGAACCCAGUGAAAGUGUGAAUGCACCGACAAGGCUGACACCACAGCUGCAGAUGAAGCCCAUGUCAAACAGGGAAAGGAAUUUUGUGCUGAAACACCAUGUAUUUUUGGUACGAAACUGGGAAAAGAUUCGACAGAAGCAAGAGGAAGUGAAGCAUGUCAGUGACAAUAUCCACAGCACAUCACUGUACAACCGCUGGAACGGGAUCUGUCGGGAUGAUGGGAACAUUAAAUCUGAUGUGUUCAUGACCCAGUUCUCAGCCCUUCAGACCGCCCGCUCCGUGCGAACCCGCCGCUUGGCUGCAGCUGAGGAGAACAUUGAAGUGGCUCGUGCUGCCCGCCUAGCCCAGAUCUUUAAGGAAAUAUGUGAUAGCAUCAUAGCCUAUAAAGAUUCCUCCAGGCAGGCUCUUGCAGCUCCCCUCCUGAACCUACCCCCAAAGAAAAAAAAUGCAGACUAUUACGAGAAGAUCUCUGAUCCCCUGGACCUUGCCACAAUUGAGAAGCAGAUCUUGACUGGCUAUUACAAAACUGUGGAAGCUUUUGAUGGGGACAUGCUGAAGGUCUUCCGGAACGCAGAGAAAUACUAUGGCAGGAAAUCCCCGACGGGGCGCGACGUGUGCCGCCUGCGGAAGGCGUAUUACAGCGCCCGGCACGAGGCAGCGGCCCAGAUUGAUGAGAUUGUGGGAGAAACAGCAAGUGAGGCUGACAGCAGUGAGACAUCGGUCUGCGAGAAGGAGAACGGGCACGAGAAGGACGAGGACGUGAUCAGAUGCAUUUGUGGCCUUUACAAAGAUGAAGGACUCAUGAUCCAGUGUGAAAAGUGCAUGGUCUGGCAGCACUGCGACUGCAUGGGGGUGAAUUCUGAUGUUGAGCACUACUUGUGUGAGCAGUGUGAACCUCGGUCAGUGAACAGGGAGGUGCCCAUGAUCCCUCGUCCCCACUAUGCCCAGCCUGGCUGUGUCUAUUACAUAUGCUUAUUACGGGAUGAUCUGCUGCUGCGCCAAGGUGACUGUGUUUACCUGAUGAGGGACAGCCGCAGAACUCCGGAUGGCCACCCCGUGCGGCAGUCCUACCGGCUCCUGUCCCACAUCAACAGGGAGAAGCUCGAUAUAUUCCGCAUCGAAAAGCUCUGGAAAAAUGAGAAAGAGGAGCGGUUUGCCUUUGGUCAUCACUAUUUCCGUCCACAUGAAACACAUCAUUCCCCUUCUCGCAAGUUCUAUCACAACGAGCUCUUCCGGGUGCCCCUGUAUGAGAUUAUCCCCUUGGAAGCUGUGGUGGGAACGUGCUGUGUUCUUGACCUCUACACCUACUGCAAAGGGAGGCCAAAAGGUGUGAAGGAGCAGGAUGUGUAUAUCUGUGAUUACCGCCUGGAUAAAUCAGCUCAUCUCUUCUACAAGAUCCACCGGAACCGCUAUCCUGUCUGCACCAAGCCCUAUGCCUUUGACCACUUUCCCAAGAAACUCACACCCAAGAGAGACUUUUCACCUCAUUAUGUACCAGACAACUACAAGAGAAAUGGAGGCAGAUCAUCCUGGAAAACAGACCGCUCCAAACCACAGAUUAAAGACUUAAACCAAGAGGAAGAUUCUCUUCCGCUGAUGGAGGAUGUAUUGGGAAACCAAGAGCAAACUUCAAGUGAGAUGCCGACCCUCGAGGAGCCAGAAAAAGAGGCAGCCUCUAGUGAGGGCUGUGAAGCUGAUAAGAAGGUGGAAGAAAGCAGCUCGGACGCGAGGCAGCUCUGCACUCCAGAGGAAAGGCGGCAUAUUCAGAGAGAGAGACUGAAUCAAAUCCUGCUAAACCUCUUAGAGAAAAUCCCAGGGAAAAACGCUAUCGAUGUCACUUACUUGCUGGAGGAAGGAUCAGGAAGAAAACUGAGGCGGCGAACUCUGACCAUCCCAGAGAGCAGCUUCAGGAAGUGAUGGCACCAGAGGAAGCUGUGGUCUGGAGUCUGCUACAAGGUCUGCUGAGGACUGAGGGCAGGAGCCCAACUUCCUCUGCACCAGCCAAGGAAAAGAGGGCAGCAGCAAACUGACAAAUAUACAAACAGUUAGCACUUAGAUGUCUGGGUUGGCAGGUUGCCCUGCCCUGCUCUGCAGUGCUCUUAUGGUGUGUGUGUCGUUGGGCGUGCCUUGUAUUGAU